AUGUUGUUGUGGCUGGUUUUGCUCCUGCCUUCCAUCUCUUCGGCUCAGCGAUCAGAGCCCAUGUUCUCAGCUAUAACCAAGACCAUCCUUCCUCCCGACUAUGACAACAACCCCACUCAGCUCAACUAUGGCGUGGCCGUCACCGAUGUGGAUGGGGACGGAGACCUGGAGGUUUUUGUAGCUGGCUACAACGGCCCGAACCUGGUGCUAAAGUACGACAAGCAGAAGAAAAGGCUUGUCAACAUCGCUGUUGACAACCAUAGCUCCCCGUUCUACGCCCUAAGGGACCGCCAAGGCAACGCCAUAGGAGUGACGGCGUGUGACAUCGAUGGAGAUGGUCGGGAGGAGAUAUAUGUGCUUAACACCAAUAACGCCUUCUCUGGUCGAGCAACAUAUUCUGACAAGCUCUUUAAGUUCCGCAAUGGACGCUUUGAGGAUCUGCUGAACGAUGACAUUAACGAACACAGAGAUGUGGCUAACCGUAUGGCUGGGCGCUCAGUGGCCUGUGUGGACAGGAAGGGUUCAGGUCGUUACGCCAUCUACAUAGCCAACUAUGCCAGUGGCAACGUGGGCCCUCAUGCUCUUAUUGAAAUGGACGAGGCAGCGAGUGAUCUUUCACAGGGCGUCAUCGCCCUCUCCAACGUGGCAGAGCUGGCCGGGGUCAACAAAUUCACUGGGGGGCGAGGUGUCGUGGUGGGGCCUAUUGUCAGUCAAUCCCUCUCCGAUAUUUUUUGCGACAACGAGUACGGUCCCAACUUCCUGUUCAGGAACAACGGAGAUGGAACAUUUACUGAUGUGGCGCAGCAGGCUGGUGUGGAGGACCCCAUGCAGCAUGGCAGAGGGGUUGCUCUGGCAGACUUCAACCGUGACGGCAAAACAGACAUCGUCUACGGGAACUGGAAUGGGCCUCACCGCCUUUACAUGCAGCUGAAUAACCGGAAACAGAAGUUCAAGGACAUAGCAUCCCAGAAGUUUUCUAUGCCGUCACCGGUUCGCACCGUCAUGGCCGCUGACUUUGACAAUGACAACGAGAUGGAGGUCUUCUUCAAUAACAUCGCCUACAGGGGCCCCUCCGUCAAUAGGCUCUUUAGGGUGAGCAGGAGAGAGCAUGGAGACCCCCAGAUAGAAGAGCUGAACAUUGGAGAUGCAUCAGAGCCUGAAGGACGAGGAACCGGAGCUAUAACCACAGACUUUGAUGGUGAUGGGCGUCUGGAACUGCUGAUAUCUCAUGGUGAAAGUGCAGCUCAGCCUAUCUCUGUCUACAAAGUCAACCAGGGGCUCACUAACGCCUGGCUGCGUGUGAUUCCCCGAACCAAGUUUGGUGCUUUUGCCAGGGGGGCUAAGGUGGUGCUGUACACUAAAAAGAGUGGCCCGCACACACGGAUCAUCGACGGGGGCUCAGGGUACCUGUGUGAGAUGGAGCCUGUAGCCCACUUUGGCCUUGGUAAGGAUGUUGCCACUAAUGUGGAGGUGUACUGGCCAGAUGGUCGUUCAUCAGCACGACCCCUAGAGCCUUCAGACAUCAACACAGUGAUGGAGAUCCACUAUCCGAGAGACGAGGAGGAAGUCACUCCUACUGUGGAAAUAGAGUGCGGUCAUGGGUUUGCUUUGAAUGAGAAUGGCCGUUGCACAGAUAAAGAUGAGUGUACCCAGUUUCCCACUGUGUGCCCCUCUGACCGCCCCAUCUGCACCAACACCUAUGGCAGCUAUAAGUGCCGCGCCAAGAGGAGAUGCAACCAGGGCUUUGAGCCCAACGAUGAUGGGUCAGCCUGUGUGGCCCAGGUGGCUUACUUUGGGGGAACACGGUCUUCAGGGGAACGCCGACGAUCAGGACUAUCUUACUGGAUGUUCCCCAUCUCUGUGCUACCACUCGUCUCAACCCACCUCCAGACUGGACUACUGUAG